AUGCAAGAGAAGCCCACCACGGUCGCGGCCUACGCGGCCGGGGCUUCGCUCGCCGCUGUCGCUCUUUUCUAUGUCUUCGGGCCGAAUUACACUAUUGACGGGGACGAGUCCAGCGACAGUAACCGGAAGAAGAGCAUUGUGGGCUUGUCUAACAUGGCCAAUGACUGCUUUAUUAAUUCCGUCUUACAGGCUCUGGCUGGUCUCGGGGACCUGCGGGUGUACUUGAUUCGAGAACUGCAUCGCCGCGACCUGGACGGAGCCGAGAUUUACGACGCGGUGCCGAGUCCAGAGCAGCUGCCGCGGGCUCAACGAGAGGACAAAUUGCGGGAGUUACAACAAGGAAUCAUUACACGGGCAUUGAAAGACAUGCUGGACCGAUUGAAUGAGCGUCCAAUCUACAAAAAAAUCAUCUCCGCACGUGAAUUCAUCCAGGCCUUGGAAUUCGCCUUUCGAACGCGCAUCAGCCGCAACCAACAAGAUGCGCAAGAAUUCCUGCAGAUCGUUCUCGAGAGACUGUGCGACGAAUAUCAUGCGGGAGCCAAUGCUCGACGCCGGGCUCUCGGCCCAGUAGCUUCUUCGGUGGAAGCCGGACAGACCAGCUCAGGGGCCGAAAAUGAUGCAGAGGUGGAGGUGCGGAUCGACGACGGUUCGCCAGACGGUCUUCCCGUAAUUAUUGACAACAAACUGAAGGAGAUGGACAAUGAAGCUGGGUUUCCCUUUGAAGGCAAGUUAGAAUCACAGAUCGUCUGCCAACAUUGUCAAUAUGAGUACAAGCCCAAGCAAACGGCGUUUGUCAACUUGACGCUUCAAGUGCCGCAGAAAAGUUCCACCACACUGAACUCGUGCUUCGAUGGUCUACUGAAGACGGAAUACAUUGAUGAUUUCCGAUGUGAUCGAUGUCGCCUCCAGCAUGCGAUUGAUGUCAAGGUGCAGGAGAGAUCAAUCGCUCACACGCAAAAGGCGCGGGAGCGAUUGGGUAUGGAAAUCAAGCGUAUCCAGCACGCCAUGGAGCAUGAUCCCGAGGACGAGCUGGAGGGCAUCGUUAUGCCUCCUGCAGAGCUUGCGCCCAAACGCAAAAUUGCCCGUCACAUGCGUAUCGUCACAUUCCCCAAAGUGAUCGCGAUUCAUCUCUCUCGCUCGAUCUACGACCGCAACAGCUCUUCCAAGAAUGCAGCCAAGGUAUCGUUCCCAGAGCGACUUCCCCUCGGAGGUAUCCUCAGUCAAACCUGGUACAAAUUACUGGCCAUUGUGUGCCAUAAAGGGAGCCACCAGAGCGGCCAUUAUGAGUCCUUCCGCCGAAACCAUCUCUAUGCACCUUUUUCCACCCCGGAGGCCUUUAGCUCCUACGCGCAGAGUCGUGUUGCGAGCGAGACUCCCUCCGCAGCCCCUAGUCCUCGGCUCAACCCGCGGAGUGCCCUCGAUGCGGAGGUGGAUGUCGAUAGCAGCAACCUCUCGCCGGCCACGUCAUCCACCUCCCUCUCCAACCCCGCCCCCGUUUCUUCCAAGCUGAGCCCACCCUUACCACGCCUCAACACCUCUCAUUCACGACGGUCAUUCCAGAGCAGUCGGUCACGAUCUUCUACGCCCCAGGUCGCAUCCGGCUCGGACGACAACAACAGUCCUGCCUCGGAUCAAGGGCGGACUAGCACCUCGUCUGCUUCGCGCGCAGCACGAAUGAUUCCUCGGUCAUCGAGCGAGGCCAUCUCAGGCGUGAGCUCGCGGCUCCGCCGGCGACGGAAGCCCAAUGACCGAUGGUGGCGCAUUUCAGACGAGAAAGUCAAGGAGUGCAAGACCUCGGAUGUAUUGGGUAUGCAGAAGGAGGUCUAUCUGCUCUUCUAUGAGAUGGAUCGGGCUGAUUGUAGCCCGAUGGCGGCCACUGGGCGUCUGUAG